GUAAAAAUUCAAAAAAUUCAAAAUUCAAUAUCGUUUAUUCAGUCUAGGCUGUUACAAGCACUUGUGAAUGUCGAAAAGCUACGCCAUCGGUUCGCAAAACUACGGCGGGAGACCUUGUACUGAGAAGAACCGGCAAGAAACUCAGCAAGGGCUGCUUUUUUCUCCCUGUUUUAUUUCAUACAGUGUCGUCCAAUUGAAAGUUGACAUCAAACUUGCAAACAUGUGUUGAGGUCAACUUCCAUCACAUAAUGUCAAAUAUGUAACAAUCAAUGAAUUUACUAACAAUAAGUGCAAAGAUAAGUCCCAAAAUAGUAAGAAACAAUUUUCAAAAUAAAAUGAACAAGUAUAUGAAAGGGAGUAAGUGCAAGGUUCUCUUCAAAACUCUUUCUAUAGCUGGGAGCCUUAGUUUUAAUAUAACUUUUGAAAAAUUAUCUACAAGUAAAAUUACAACCAGGCCGUUUUAUCAUUCAAAUAUUGAUUGACAGUAUAAUAUCCUUUCUUAAGUAAACAAUUCUUAAUGUGUAUUUUAAAUUUAUGAGGAGGCAAAUCAAGGAUAUCAAUAGGAAUCUUAUUAUAGAAAUGUAUACCUUGACCCAUAAAUGAUUUAUGAACCUUCUGUAACCCUGAAUCCCACCCCCAGCACGAUCCCCUCGAGAUGUAUAGUCACGAUCACACCUAUAUACACUAUACCUAACAUCAAAAAGCUCAGCAUCAAAAAUUCCAGGCAAGAGCCAAGUUUCUGUUAAGCAUAUUAUGUCAUAAUUGUUAGUCAUAAAGUUUCGAAUAAAAGUGUUCGUCUUGGUACGAAGACCGCGUACGUUCUGAUAAUAGAUCAUGAGAUUAUUGAUAUAAGCCAUUUAAAAUAGAGGAAAUUAAAAUUAACAUCAUUGAAUUAACGCUGAUAUAAAACAGAAAACCUAUGCGCAACUCGAGAGACCAGAUACCCCCGCCAAUCGACAAAUAUACAAUAAGAUUCAGUGUUCCCUAAAAAUAAGUCAAUAUGAAUACAGUCAAAGUACAAUAUAGAAGAGCAAGAUCAUCCGCGAUAGUAAACAAAAUACAGUUUAAAAAUAAUUUGAUAAAUAAUAAUUUAGUGGACAAAUUAAUAAACAACACAAACAGCGAGGCAAUACUUAUUUUAUCUUGUUUAAAUCUCUGACACAAGAAACAUGUAUAAUUGGACUAGUAGCCGAUCUAGCGAUAAUGGGGCAGUUCCUCACCCAUACGUACUUAUAAUUCAUUUCUUUGGCCUGUGAGGUGAUCAUUGAAAUAAAUAUUGGUAUUGUUACCCGUAAAUCCAAUAUCACAGGCCUUCAAUUUAAGUUUUCUUAAAUGGGACAAAAAGUCAUCCUUCUUAUAGCGUGCCAGGAAUUUAACUACAAUUGGCUUUAUUUGUUUAUUAUUAUCAUCCUUAGUUUUUGGAGCUACUCUGGUCACAAAAUCGAUAUCUGUAAAUCGAUAUCGAAAUCCAAAUAGUAUUUGAAAAACAUUCCUAACACUUCUGUCCAAAUAUUAACAGUGCAUACAUGUGGAACUUUUGCACCUCUUAGACCAAUAUUUCAAUUGUGAUGAACUAGCACAGAUGUAAACAAUGGCAGUGCAAACAGAAACAGGAGCGGAAAACCAGCAGACAUACCCAGGUGGGAGAAUUCUAUCAUCUUUAAAAUUAGCGCAAACAAAACGUCAAUCCUUUCAUUGAUCACAUGCGUGACUGUUUUGCUGUGACUGGCAUGCCACGCCGCAUAUGACUAAUGAACAGAUCGCCGUUUUGUUUUCCCUUACAAACAUUGUGUUAUAGCGCAGCGCUACCUAUCAGAUAGAGUUGUAAGAUAAGUAGUUGUUUUUCAACUUUAAUAUUAUUUCUACUGUAAGAACCUUCUACAACUUAUUGGGAAUGUAAUCUGUAAAGGCGUUCUCAAUUUAUGGCGUGACCAAGGGGAAUAGGGAUUUGUUUUUAUAUAUAAAAAUAUAUAGAUAUAGAACGUAGCUACAUCUGAACAAGAAAAUGCUUGCCAAGUUACUAUUCAUAGUUAGCCGAUGUUGCUCUGGCAUAAAUCAUGUAAAAAGUGUUUGUUAUGUAAAACAAAAAACGACAUCAUAAAACACUUCUCAAUUCUCUUACGGCCAGUUUCAUUUAUCAACCUCUAGUAAAAGGUAACGAUAAUGUAGUUCCGUUUCUUGGCGACAGUUGUAAUUAUUAUCUUAGUGGGUAAUAAAAAUAUCAAGGUAACAAAGUUCAAACUUCAAACAAAGUUUUAAUAGGCCUGUCUCUUACUGGAGUUAUAAUAUAAUUGAACUGGGCUAUAAGUGCAUUUGAAAAAAAUGAGGUACAAGUAACAUCUGGUCGCAGUACCGUGCAUUUUUUGUUUUUUCAACACACACCAAUUAGCCUAGCCCCAAAGUAAGCACUGUAAGGCUUGUGUUAUGGGAUGCUAGGGUAAUGGAUAGAAUACAUAUACAGUACAUAUACAAGUAUAUUAAUAUAGAAAUACAUAUUAAACAUCGAUUACUGGAGAACAAAUGCUCGUAUUCAUCACACAAACAUCUGCCCCCACCGGACUUUGAACACGGGACCUCUCGAGUCGGCGACAGCCAUGAAACCCGGCGUACAAACCAAUCGGCCACGGAGGUCGUCAGAUUUCUUAGAGAUCUGAAAAUCUACCUAUCACUUGCGUGUUUUUUUUAAAGUUAAAGCUGUAGCAGAUGAUCUUUACAGCGUCACCGGGUUUUGGGGGCGGCCAGAUCCUAAAGGGACCUCAAGCCAUGAAUUGACGAGUGCCUCUAGAGGUAUUCCAUGCGGAUGACAUCUCCCCUCGGGGGGAACUCCUCUCCAUCUGGACCUCUCUAACCUGAAAGGUCUUGGGUGGUGAAAAAGCAGUACUAUUUCACUGUGGUGGAUAGAUUUUUACUGUGCGUACAUAAGAUGUAUCAAUAGUGUGUGUACGGAAAAGUAACAUUUGGCGAAUUCAAUGUUUCUUUCACUUGAAGUCCCAGCAUGGGAGAAAAGGGGCUAAAUAAAGCACAAAAUAAGAUGAUUGACAACAAAGGUACAACAUAAUAGUUAAACAUAAAACAGUUUUAAUGCCCCAAGGAAUUGAACAGGUAGGUAAUAAUGUUCGAUCAGCACGGAUAGAUCUAUUUUAAGAUAAGAAGAGAGGAACUAGUUGAUUCAACUGAAAUAGCCUCGAUCGCGUUGGAAGAUUGAGGUGGGCAAAUUGAAUGAUUGCCACAAGAAAACAACGGUCCUUACAUUAAGAUGACCAUUGGACGCUAAUUUAGAGGGGACGCGUUAACUUUUUGAUCUUGAAGUCUUCCAGUUAGUAACCAGAAUUAGCCUGGAUAAGGUGUCACCCAUUACGAGUAAAGUUAAAGUGGCACAAAAUUGUAUCCCUUCAUAGUUAUAAAGGCAUCUGUUGAAGUACAAGCUUUAAAUAGUAAGAAAAAUGACUGCCGACUCUAUAUUAGACGUGUCCGAGUUCAGGAUUUCGAAACAACAGUUUACUUAUUAUGAUUACGGUGUAUUUGUGGUGAUGCUCGUCGUGUGUGGAGGCAUCGGCGUGUUCUUUGGUUUUGUGAAGAAACAAAAAUCCACACAAGACUACUUGAUGGGCGGGAGAAAUAUGAAAUUAGUGCCCGUAUGUUUUUCAUUAGUCGCAAGUUUUAUUUCAGGUAUAUCUCUUCUGGGCACUCCGACAGAACUAUACGUUUACGGCACAUCGUACAUGUUCUUCCUGAUUGGAGCUCUUUUGAUGUCAUUUGUGCUAUUCCAUUCGUUUUUGCCGGUUCUACACGAAUUACGACUGACAUCAGCAUAUGAGUACCUUGAACUGCGGUAUGAUAAAAGAGUAAGAGUUUUUGGCUCUUUGAUUUUCAGUGUUUAUCUGAUCGCCUGGCUGCCUAUAGUGAUAUAUGUACCAGCCUUAGCUUUUAAUCAAGUGACUGGAGUGAAUAUUCACAUUGUCACUCCUAUAGUUUGUUUCGUGUGCAUAUUUUACACUACUUUGGGUGGUCUAAAAGCUGUUGUGUGGACCGACGUCAUACAAACUUUAAUAAUGAUAGGUGCAAUAAUCUUGGUCAUCAUCAAAGGCACAAUUAAUGUUGGCGGCUUCAAAGAAGUUAUGAGGAGAAAUUGGGAUACAGGCAGAAUUGAAUUUCCUUCGUUGACUUUGGAUUUCACCGAGCGGCAUUCAAUUUUAUCGGUCUCUCUAGGCUCUUCAUUCUAUUGGAUAGGAAAUAUAGCAGUAAACCAAUCGAUGAUGCAGAGAUUUUUAUCUUUAACCGAUCUGAAAUCAUCAAAAAGAGCAGUAUGGGGAUUUCUAGGUGGAGUGACUUUCAUCGUAUUUAUAUGUGCAUACUGCGGUCUUUUGGCAUUCGCCACGUACUACGAAUGCGACCCCUUGGACUCCAAGCUGACUCUGGCCAAAGACCAGCUACUUCCCCUGCUGGUUAUGGACAUUCUGUCAGAAUGGAAAGGAAUGCCGGGAAUAUUUGUCACUGGUGUAUUCAGCGCUGCUCUGAGCUCCCUGUCAACUGGUCUUAACUCCAUGGCAGCAGUGGUUCUAGAAGAUUUCUGGAAGCCUUUCUUCAGAAAGCUCACUCAUAAGCAAACUCAAAUACUGAUGCGUGCCGUAGUCGUUAUUUUGGGUGUAAUUUGUGUCGCCCUGGUGUUCGUAGUAGAAAUGUUGGGUUCCGUAUUGCAGUUGACGAUGAGCCUUUCGUCAGCUUCCAUGGGCCCACUCGCUGGGGUGUUCCUAAUGGGCAUAUUUUUACCGUUUAUAAACUCUCAGAAUGCGCUUAUCGGUGGUAUACUUGGGCUCUCCUCGUCGUGGUAUCUGGCGGCGCAGUCUCAAGUGGCACAAGCGCGGGGUUCUCUGAGAUUUGUCGAGAAACCCCGCUUCACUCUCAACUGUACUUACGCUUUUGAACAGGCUAUCCACGCCGAUGAAUCCUCAAAUAGUGAGGUUCCUUAUUUGUAUCGCCUCUCCUACCUUUGGUUUACCGCGUUCGGUUGCAUCAUCACCGUGGUUGCAGCCUGCCUCAUCAGUAUUGUGAAUUCUCAAAAGCCUGUGCAAGAUGAAAGGCUAUACGCACCCGUAGUUAGAAACUGGCUAGCGAAACGGAAACGGGUGCAGGAUAUAAAGUUAAAUAAUAAACCUCAGUGAUGGCACUUCAUAAUACUUUAUUAAGUUUAAUGUCGUACUUACAAGGCGUGGCAAGAUGAAAUCAAGUUAUUUUAAAGGUAUCCAAGAUUGAAGAUAUGUCAUCAAUACGGAUAAUUUCUCCCUGUGUUCACUCGGAAUAUACCAGACCUAUGGAUAAAAAAGAUAUUGUAUUAAAAAUUAUGUGUAGUAAAAUAAUAAUAGUUUUUGUGUUUUUGUACAUACUUUUUUACAGUUUACUCAAAUUUAGAAUGUUUGAAAUUUUAACGCACUAAGCACUUUGUACAGUGUUUUAGGUGGGUCUUCACAUAGAUAAUUGAUGCUAAGUGGCUCAAAAAGUAAAUAAAUCCGUCACUAUCAUCGUGCGGCAUCACAGAACGAUAAUAUUUACAUUAUUAUAACUAAGGUAAAAAUACGCUACGCCUCCUUUUUUCUAUAAUGUAAGCACCUACACCCCACAUUUUAUUUUUUCUGAACAAUGCCCUUAAUCGAUAAGAAGAAUGAUGAAAUUAAUGGUUAUCUACAAUUACAAGUAACUUUUAAGUUUGACUAAAUUUGAUGCUGACACUCUCUUCAUAGGACUUUAAGUGCAGUGAAUGCAUUAUAAAAAUAGUUUUUCCACUUUUUUCAUUUCUAUCUUCACAUCUUUUUUAUUGAUCCGAUUGAAAAUAUAUUCUAAAAUGAAACAUUAUGAUAGUACAUACAUAUUACAGUUAUUUAUGUUAUUUAGUUGCAAGCGCCAUGAUCACGGAGUAACUCACUACUACGGAGUUACUCCGUGAUUAUGGCGCCUGCAGUGCCGUAAUAUCGAAGCUAAAAGCAAGGUACAUGGUAGCAAUUAAUUAAUAUAAAUUACUGUAAUGUAAGUGACCAUAAAAUAGUAUAAAUAGUAAACAAAAAAUAUAACUUACUCAAACUUAUCCAAGUCGCCGUUACCCAUUGGGACUAAAUCGCCACUGCAUCUGUUCCGGGUAGCAUCCCUGUGCGUGUUGCAUCGGUUCGCGUGCAAAUGUCUGUUCCUCACCGACGAAGCCAUGUACGAGAUGGCUUUGUCAUGCGAGCAGGAGUUGAGGAAGCAGCCGGGCAUGCUGCCGCCGCCGUUCGGGUAGAAGUCGGCGUCGCCGAGGGGGUUCGUGUACCCCAAGAAGUCUGUGUUGGGUACGGCCACAGGGCACGCUGGUUCAGAAUCAGAUUCAGACACGGAAAACAGGCUCAUGAGAUGUCAGCUUGAGGAAAGCAGGUGAUGGCCGCAGUGGAGGCAGAUAAUACAAGACGUGGACGCGAGACGUGCGAUCGUAACAAUUUAAAGCUAAUAUUUUUUUUACAAACGCAAUCAUUUCAUGGAAUGAUUGGAUAUCUAAAAAAGAUAUGUAGGUAUGUGCUGCCUAAUUUAAUUUAUGUUUACAUUUUAUGCUAUACUUUCUGUAAUAAUCAGUACGACGCAAUACGCGUUUUAGAAUAUAA